AUGGCAAACAAUGCCCCGACAGAGCCGUCGCCAAGCUCCAAGGCUGACAUCGUAGAUGUCCCUACCAUCUCUCACGACGAUAGCAGCCAAGCACAUGCCAAAUGGAAGGAUGCCAAGGUCGCCGAUGGCGAUACAGCCAUGACGCUGUUUGAUGACCCCGACGAGCUUCAUGAGGAAAUUGACCCUGUCGAGGCAAGAAAGCUUUUGUGGAAGAUCGACUUUAUGAUUCUACCUUAUCUUGCCGUCUGCUAUGCCUUUUUCUACAUCGAUAAGACUACAUUGAGCUAUGCAGCUAUCUUCGGGAUCCGUGAUGACUUGAAUUUGCAUGGGACUCAGUACAACUGGCUGAGCAGUAUCUUCUAUUUCGGUUUCCUGGCUUGGGCAUUCCCGACCAAUUUUCUGAUGCAACGACUUCCAAUCGGCAAAUACUUGGGGGCUAACAUCUUCAUGUGGGGUGUCUUUCUUAUGAUCCAAGCGGCAUGCAAUAGCUUCGAGACGCUUGCUGUUCUCCGAGCCCUAGGAGGAGCCGCUGAAGCUUGCUCCGACCCAGCCUUCAUGCUCAUAACAAGCAUGUGGUACACUCGUCGCGAACAACCCGUCCGCAUAGGCUUGUGGUAUACUGCCAAUGGGUUUGGGAUUGCCCUUGGCGGUGUUCUCGGAUACGGCAUUGGUCAUAUUCGGGGUGCCUUGCCUUCCUGGAAAUAUGAAUUUAUUGUUAUUGGAGCCCUUUGCGCAACUUGGGGAAUUAUCAUGUUCAUUUUCCUCCCUGAUUCGCCCGUCAAUGCUCCUGGUCUUACGAAAAGGGAACGGCGGAUUGCGGUUGAUCGUAUCAGGGAAAAUCAAACUGGUGUGGAGAAUAAGCACCUAAAGCCAUACCAAAUAAUUGAGGCCUUCAUGGACUACAAGCUCUACAUGUUCUUCAUAUUGGGUGUGGUCUGCAACGUUCCAAAUGGGGGUAUUUCGAACUUUGGAACCAUUAUCAUCAAAGGCUUUGGUUUCUCUACAUUGGUGACAACUCUGAUGCAGAUUCCAUAUGGCGUUUUGAUCGCACUCUCAAUUCUCACAUGCGUCUACCUCAAUGAUCGCUUUGAGAAUCGGCGAUGUGUAUUCGUUCUGAUCUUCUUGAUCCCAAAUCUCGUUGGUGCCUUUGGUCUUCGUUUCGUCCCGACGCACCACGGUGUCGGCCGACUGAUCUGCUAUUACUUGACCGGGCCAUACAAUGCUGCUUUCGUCUUGGUUCUCAGUAUGCAGAUCGCAAAUACUGCGGGACACACCAAGAAAGUCGUCACUAAUGCGGUUCUCUUCCUGGGCUACUGUACUGGCAAUAUUGCGGGGCCAUUCUUCUACAAGACCGAUCAAUCACCGACAUACCCUCUUGGUAUUUGGUCUAUGAUUGUUUCACAUUUGAUUGAAGCGGUGCUUAUUACUAUCCUCGGGCUGCUUCUUCGUUGGGAGAACAAGAAGCGCGACCGAAUCCAGUCUCAGAUGCCCGGUGGUCUCGAAGGUCGCGAUCUAGACUCAACUGCAUUCUUGGACUUGACUGACCGUGAAAACUUGAAUUUCCGAUACAUCUAUUGA